GUCGCUAUCAAGUUGUAUCAUUUGGGCUGCUUAUUGACAUAUCAGGUAAUGGAUCGCCAAGUGUGGGAGAGACCCUGGACCUUGGAAGAGAUGCGACAGACCAGCGCCAACUGGUCCCUGGCUGCAGACUCAGGAGUAGGCUAAGUGGAAUUUGUUUAUGGCCCUCAUUUAGGCUUUGGUUAUUAUCUCUUGACUUAUUCCGUUUCUGAAUAACCGACUGUUUCUUCUGCAUUUAACAAUGUGUCAUCUGCUGCCUUGGCAAGACAGCAACAAGGUGGCUGAAGCAGAAAUAGACUGGCAGGCAGGCUCUCAGCCUCUGAAUCUACAUGUUAUGGGUAGAGCAAUCACAUAGCAUUGUAAACAGUAACACAACAGAUUAACUACCUAUAUCUCUGUUGCAAAGACAAUGUCCGCUACUGGACAAAAAGAUACUGUUGAAUAGAUGAAGAUUAAACAGCGGUUCGUAUCCCCUCCUCCACAGCUCUUCCUGUUCCUGCAAGACUUCUCUCAGAGGAUGCUGUCAAAGACUCAUGAGAUAGAGAAGCAGCUGGAUGGACUGAUCAGAGACAGCAAGGCCACAGACUGCUGCCUGCACACCGUCUUUAACGACUUCCUCAUGCUCUCCAACACACAAUUCAUUGAAAACGUACGUUGUGGUGUGGACCGGAAAUACCAUGUCCGUGUUCAUUAGAGCAUUUUAACGGUAGAGAGCGGACUGAAACAGGGAAAGGACUACCUGUACUUGACUUUUCUAAUAAGUAACACAUAUUUAUUUAUUUUUUGCUUCAAAUGUAUGUUUUACUACAGUGUGCCCAAAUGAACACGACCCAUGUCUUGUUCCUCUGUUGAGCUAGGUGCCCCUCUUCUUUAGAGGAUGGCUGUGCCGUGUUUGACAUUAUCCAGGUCUUUUGAAACUUCACAAGCUUUUAACAAAAUUAAGAAAAGAUGAAUCGUGCUACAUGGUACGGAACUAUGAGGAACUGAUUCCUCUUGUGUUUAAUUAUGUGGCUGCUCAUGAUUCCUCCUCUUUUUCUUGACUAUCACAGGGUGCUGUGUUACAUUGAUAGAUACUAACUCAUUCUUCUUGUAUUGAUUGUGUGAUAUGUUAUUGAUCUUUGUGUUUGUUUGUUGACCUCAUCAGAGAGUGUAUGAUGAGGAGGUGGAGGAGCCCGGGCCAAAGCCUGAGGCCUUGGAGAGACCGCCUGAGCAGGUAAAUCAUCGACCUACUUCUUCCUUGAUGUGUUACGAUGUUAUGUAUAGCCCUGUGACAUCGUGAUUUCCUCCCCGGGGAUAGUUAAAUUCAAUUUCCCCGCGGGAGAAGACUCGUGAGCAGAAGGAAGCCGAGCUGAUUCCUAAGGUCCAGGAAGCAGUGAACUACGGUCUGAGGGUGCUGGACUCUGCCUUUGAGCAGCUAGAUAUCAAGGCAGGAAACUCUGACUCAGAGGACGAGGAGGCCACAGACAGAGUGGAGCCCAUACUGGAACCCAAGGUGAGGGUGGAAUCAUCUGGAAACAUACAGGAUUAGAGAGAGAAUUCAAGUUGCUUACUUCCAGAUAUCGCGUUAGGACUAAUACCUGCCCAGUACAGUCAAGGGAGGAUGGCCAAUUUUUCUACGCCAUUAUUCUUUUGAUCUCUCUUUGGGGUCUAGGCCGUGUUAAGCACUUUGUGACUGUUGAUGUACACUUUUUAUUUUUAGACUAACAUUUGAUUUGAAUGAUUCUGCCCGUAUUGACCAAUGAUGUUAUCUCUUGCCGCUUCUUCCCCACUCUUUCUUUCUCCAACCCACCUCUCUCUCUCUCUCUCUGUAGGACCUGUAUGUGGACAGGCCUUUACCGUAUCUGAUUGGCUCUCAGCUCUUUAUGGCGCAAGACGACAUAGGACUGGGAGACCUCUCCAGUGAAGGUAGGUCACCUCACCUCUACGUUCUUCAUGUACUAUUUCUACUGAAGGAGGGUGUGUGUGUUCUUUGCAUGUGUUUAUGUUGUUAGUGUUCAACACUCUUCCAAGCAUAGUGUUUCUAGUCUAACAUUAGUCAUGUUUCUCAGAGAGAAAGUGAAACUGAUGUAAUUUUUUAUUUCACAGAAAUGUCAAUCGACAGCGAUCGAGAGAGCGUCAUCGAGAGCGGAGAUGGCAAAGAUGUGGGCGUAAGUCUUUUUCAUCUUUUCAUCCAGAAAGAGUCAGAUGUUUUUUUAACAGAGUGAAGUUGGCAUUAUUGUACAUCCUCAAAAUAAGUAGAAAAUACUGACAAUUUGAUUUAGAUAACUUUAUUAUCCCUGUGGUGUUUGUGACAGCAGUCAGAUGACGACUUUGACCAGGAGGUGGAGGGGCCAGGCAGCAUUAAGAAGGUGAAGGUCAAUUUCACUGUGACUGUCAGGGUCAACGUUCAAACCCAGAGUUAGUGGAUAUCUCUGUGAUAACAAUAAAAAAAACAUACAGGAUUGUAUCUCUGUGUGCACAAUUCUGACAAUGGAUGAUUAGGGUAUUUGCCAAUUUAAUCAAUGAUGUAACACAACAGAAAAGUGUGUGAUUGAUUGAAUCCUACCUACACUCUGGACACUGGCAUGCUGUUGUUCAUGGCGACGAUGGUAAUGAUAACACCUUAGUGAGGAUUGUGAUGUUAUUUGCAACCUCAUGGAUGACAUUGAAUGAUUUCCCCUGCAGAAGUCGUCUAUGUUGAGUGUUGAGGAGGACAAGGAGGGGGAUUCAGACAUAUUUGGAGAAUCGGACAGCGAUGAAGAUGACAGAAAGGUAUGUUUGAUUAUAGUUUGCUGGUGGAGACUGAUACUAACAUUAUUACGGACAGAUAAUUUAUUAAAUGUAACUAUCCUUUAUCUAGGUAAGUCAACAUUGCUAAUACAUUAGUUUUAUGACUUGAGGGAACAUAAUGGAUGUGUCAUGUCUCAGCUAUUGAAUGUAGAUGUAAAUGUGAAAUAUUUGUGUCCCCUUGCAUUAAUAUUGAUGUUCUAUUCCACCUCUCUUUUACGGAAGUCUUUGUGUCACAUUCAGAACACAGGACCAUCAUCCUUUGCUGAUGAGCUGGCCGCCAGAAUCAAAGGGGAACCUAUCAGCAAGCCGGAGGGAGAUCGCACAUGUAUGUUGGUUUGAUAUUACCUGUAUUGCAAAUUAUUCAUUAUCACCUCCACAAUUUCUUGGUUUAUCUUAAACAUAUAAUGCUUUCUGUAUGAGCUCAUCUGCUAGCCUGGGUACCAGUGUGUUUCUGCUAGCCUGGGUACCAGUGUGUUUCUGCUAGCCUGGGUACCAGUGUGUUUCUGCUAGCCUGGGUACCAGUGUGUUUCUGCUAGCCUGGGUACCAGUGUGUUUCUGCUAGCCUGGGUACCAGUGUGUUUCUGCUAGCCUGGGUACCAGUGUGUUUCUGCUAGCCUGGGUACCAGUGUGUUUCUGCUAGCCUGGGUACCAGUGUGUUUCUGCUUUAGCCAACUUAUUGCCAAAUGAUCGUAGUGCCCUGUGUUUUGUGCAUUAAUGUGACAUGCCUGGAUUUUUUUAUUGAAAGCUUUUUCAUCAAAAUGUCCCCUUUUUCUUUUUGUGACAGAUGGUCCAGCACCACCCUAAGACAAUUGCUUGAAUUUUUGAUGUAAUUCUCAAUUCAGGCUUAAAAUACAGGAUAACGUCUUGCUAUGUCAUAUGACUGCACAAAACAGUCUGGCACCCAGAUCUAAUGAUACACUGCACUCAAUUGAAGAACAAUCUGCCUAAAUUCAUGUAUCUGUCCUCUCUGUUUUGAUUAUUAUGGUCACUGUUUGCUCCAUACAAGUUUCAAGAUGUGUUUUCAGUUGGCACGAUUGUACAUAAUGUAGGUCAUACAUCAAAUGUGAUGUCAUAAUGCAAAUAAUGUCUCAGUCUUGGCAGAUUACAACAGCACAUACAUGUUUCACUACAUAUCAUUGUUCUGCAUGUGCAUGCUCAUGUUUCCUUCCCCGUGUCACUUCUCUGAAGCGUUGUCGUCUGCCUCUAAGAAGAACAGUAAAGCAAAGAAGGAGCCCAAGCCUGAGUGGCCACCGGGUAGGACAGCAAUUCACUCACUUAUCUAAAAUAGUUUUCUUUACUACGCAUUGUGUACAAGCACCUAAUCUCACACUAUGUAUCCAUUUAUAUUGUAUCUGCUAAGCUAACUGUUACUUCAUAACACUUCAGUCAGAAGAGCAUCAGUGGAGUUGGUCUCGCUGCAAAGUGACUGAAUUAGAUAUAAUUUCACAAGCAGUCAUGACAUUGCGGUAUUUACCAGUAAUUUCAUUGACUUGUUGUUGUUGACACCUGUUUGUGUUGUUGUAGCUGUUGAAGAUGACAGCGAGGAGUUGUUCGGGCUGCCCAAGAUGGAGGAUGAGAACUUCUCUCCGUUUGGAGGGAAAGGAAGCCUCUUCAGCGGAGGGAGAGGACUGUUUGAUGAUGAGGAGGUAGGCUCACCUGAACGCCAUUUUGUAGCUUCCAUAUCUUACUUUUUCCAUGUUACUUAACCCAUUGUAAUUUCACAUAAGAUGAUGGAUAGAAAUCAAUAAGCGAACCGUUCAAAGAAAACAAUCAAUCUACAGCCUGUUAAAUGCUCCCAAAGAGUACAUGAAAUGAGUUUUGUCUGAAACCAUAGUGACCCUAAUGAUAUGACGUUUGUUGUCCAGGGGGAUCUGUUCUCUGUAGCAGAGGAGAAGACCUCAGGUAAUAAUAGCCAUACAACCAUCUGUUGAAACGCCAAGGCUGUUUUCAUUAGGGCACACUUUAGAUGUUUCAGAUAGUAGCUUUCCAUUUCUCUCAGUUUCGGGAUGUUUUCUUAUAAGUGAAUUGAGAAUGUUGUGCAAUGGCUGUGGUCACUGUUUCUAAUUUAAUUUUCGUGGGUUACCUUAUUCAUUUUGAGAAAUGCUUUUUCCUGGACGGUAUAGAGACUUUGACCUGUUAACAGAACCUGUAUGUCUCUGUUGUGUUUCUGCCAGAACCUGUCAAGCCUGCUACGAAGAUUCCUUCAGGGGCUGUGUCAAUAUUCCCAGGUAACAGAAACAUACCCCAAGGACAGCAAAGGCCUUUCAAAGAUGAUAAAGAUGAUUACAUAGUAAUAACAGGGUUACUCAGGAAUGGGAAGGACACUUUUCUGGGGCUUGAGGACAUAAUGCCUCUUUAGAUUUGGUCUUGCCUUUCUGAAACGGAAUUGGAUUUAUUCAAUUCAAACUAAAUACUACUACAAAACACGACUACAGACAGUCUACGAUGUUGACAAUUCUGUGAUGGUAUUGACAAGUUCAUCCUCUACAUAUUUGAUCUGACAAGUCUAUCCUGUCCUGUUCUUUCCCCAUAGAGAACAGCCUGUUUGGCACUCCCAAUGACUCAGACUCAGUGGAGGGUAGAGAAAGAGGUAUCCCAGACAAACCCAACAAGACCCAGACAUCAGCCCCUAGAAAGACCGCAGGAGGAGGAGGAGGAAGAGGAGGAGGAGGAAGAGGAGGAGGAGGAGGGGGGCUGUUCGAUGAGGAGGAUGUCUUCUUCACCGGUAAAAGCCUUAAAAAGUCCAGCUCAGGUAAGUCAGUCGAACCGUAACCUCUCUUUCUAACACGGUGGGCAAGAUCCGAACUUGAGAUCAACGAUCGUAAAUAUCAGUGAAAAUCUUACGUUGACAUCACGCUAAUACAUAAUUUACUCUUACAGUGAGGGGAAAAAAGUAUUUGAUCCCCUGCUGAUUUUGUACGUUUGCCCACUGACAAUGAAAUGAUCAGUCUAUAAUUUUAAUGGUAGGUUUAUUUGAACAGUGAGAGACAGAAUAACAACAAAAAAAUCCAGAAAAAACGCAUGUCAAAAAUGUUAUAAAUUGAUUAGCAUUUUAAUGAGGGAAAUAAGUAUUUGACCCCCUCUCAAUCAGACAGAUUUCUGGCUCCCGGGUGUCUUUUAUACAGGUAACGAGCUGAGAUUAGGAGCACACUCUUAAAGGGAGUGCUCCUAAUCUCAGUUUGUUACCUGUAUAAACAACACCUGUCCACAGAAGCAAUCAAUCAAUCAGAUUCCAAACUCUCCUCCAUGGCCAAGACCAAAGAGCUCUCCAAGGAUGUCAGGGACAAGAUUGUAGACCUAUACAAGGCUGGAAUGGGCUACAAGACCAUCGCCAAGCAGCUUGGUGAGAAGGUGACAACAGUUGGUGCGAUUAUUCGCAAAUGGAAGAAACACAAAAUAGCUGUCAAUCUCCCUCGGCCUGGGGCUCCAUGCAAGAACACACCUCGUGGAGUUGCAAUGAUCAUGAGAACGGUGAGGAAUCAGCCCAGAACUACACAGUAGGAUCUUGUCAAUGAUCUCAAGGCAGCUGGGACCAUAGUCACCAAGAAAACAAUUGGUAACACACUACACCGUGAAGGACUGAAAUCCUGCAGCGCCCACAAGGUCCCCCUGCUUAAGAAAGUACAUAUACAGGGCCGUCUGAAGUUUGCCAAUUAACAUCUGAAUGAUUCAGAGGAGAACUGGGUGGAAGUGUUGUGGUCAGACAAGACCAAAAUCGAGCUCUUUGGCAUCAACUCAACUCGCCGUGUUUGGAGGAGGAGGAGGAAUGCUGCCUAUGACCCCAAGAACACCAUCCCCACCGUCAAACAUGGAGGUGGAAACAUUAUGCUUUGGGGGUGUUUUUCUGCUAAGGGGACAGGACAACUUCACUGCAUCAAAGGGACGAUGGACGGGGCCAUGUACCGUCAAAUCUUGGGUGAGAACCUCCUUCCCUCAGCCAGGGCAUUGAAAAUGGGUCGUGGAUGGGUAUUCCAGCAUGACAAUGACCCAAAACACACGGCCAAGGCAACAAAGGAGUGGCUCAAGAAGAAGCACAUUAAGGUCCUGGAGUGGCCUAGCCAGUCUCCAGACCUUAAUCCCAUAGAAAAUCUGUGGAGGGAGCUAAAUGUUCGAGUUGCCAAACGUCAGCCUCGAAAACCUUAAUGACUUGGAGAAGAUCUGCAAAGAGGAGUGGGACAGAAUCCCUCCUGAGAUGUGUGCAAAACUGGUGGUCAACUACAAGAAACGUCUGACCUCUGUGAUUGCCAACAAGGGUUUUGCCACCAAGUACUAAGUCAUGUUUUGCAGAGGGGUCAAAUAGUUAUUUCCCUCAUUAAAAUGCAAAUCAAUUUAUAACAUUUUUGACAUGCGUUUUUCUGGAUUUUUGUUGUUGUUAUUCUGUCUCUCACUGUUCAAAUAAACCUACCAUUAAAAUUAUAGACUGAUCAUGUCUUUGUCAGUGGGCAAACAUACAAAAUCAGCAGGGGAUCAAAUACUUUUUUCCCUCACUGUAGGUAUGUGAAUCAAGUUUUCACCUUAUUUUUCAUUCAUGCAGUAAUUUUCACAUCUUAGAUCUUGCCACACUAUGACUGUCUUUAGCACAAGCACUCAUAAUGUGUUGCCACCUGUGUUCAGCUGGACAGGAGAAACUCAAGCAGAAGAAGACAGGGGAUCUGUUUGGAGGAGGUGAUGAAGAUGAGGAUGGUGACAUCUUCAGUGAGAGCUACGGCGCUCAGAGCAGGAGGGAGGUGGUGGAGGAGGUGAAAAAGGUGAAUAUACACACGUGUACAGAGCAUUGUUUUUACGUAUGCUGUAUCAUAGGGCCUCCACUCACUGCUUUAGAAUGUAGAGAAAAACGGGGUAAUUCAACAGGGUGCUACGAAAGUCAUGUCAAAAUGUUGUAGAGUUCUAUUGAGCAGUGACCACUUUUUGAUCAUGCCUGUGAUGACAUUCCAUUUACUCUAAACAUGCUAAAUUCUCUGAGUAAAUUGUCUAACGUUUGAACCAUCUCUGGUAGUGACAUGGGGUUUAGACUAUUGUUUUUCUGACACAAUUCUCUAUUGAAUGGACACAUUUGUAUAUACCUUGAAUUAAUUAAUACUUUUAUGGGUGAACAUCUUACAUAUUAAGUGGGAUACUUGUUGAUUGACAACAUUAUUAGCGUGAUCAUGGUUAUUAAUUUAGGGGACUUGGGUAUCAUGAUUACAUGUUGCUUACUUACAGUAGUGUUGAUGAGUUGCACUGAUGAUGGUUGUUGGUUUCAGUGAUGAGUUGUGCUGAGGAUGAUGAUGGUUGCUGUGAUGAGGAUGAUGAUGGUUGUGCUGAGGAUGAUGGUUGUUGGUUGUGUUUAGAUGCCAGCAGGAGGUGUCUCCAUGUUUGGUCCUGGUACCAAGAGCCUGCUGACUGAGGCACUGAAGAAACAACAGCCCUCCACCAGCCAAGAGUCAGAGGAGGUGGGAGUCCUCUUUCAUCCAUUCCAUCUCUCUUCAAAGAGAGAGGGAGAGAGGGAGAUGCGGGAGAGAGAGAGAGGGGGAGGAGAAGAGAGAGAGGGAGAGAGAGGAGAGAGAGAGACGAGAGAGAGAGAGCGAGAGAGAGAGAGAGCGAGAGAGAGAGGACGAGAGGAGAGAGAGAGAGAAGGAGAGAGAGAGAGAGGAGAGAAGAGAGAGAGAGAGAGAGAGAGAGAGAGAGGGGGGAGAGGGAGAGGGAGAGAGAGAGAGAGAGAGGAGCGGAGUGAGGCGGGGAGACGUAGAGGAGGGCGAGAGAGACGGCGAGCGAUGGAGAGCUCGUUCCUUCAGGAUACUAGUCUAUCUAGCUUGAUCUCUCUCUCUCUGAGCUCGUAUCUCUAGCGACGUCUCUCUCUCUAUUCUAUCUCUUCUCUAUGCUCUCUCUCUCUUUCUCUCUCUUCUCUCUCUCUCAUAUUCAUUCAUAUAUAUAUUGUAGAGCUGUAAAACUCACAGGUGUGCUUCUUGUUUUUAACACUUAUUCUUAAGUAUGUGUCCAUCACCUGAAUCUUGUUGAUGGAGGUACUUCUCAUUCUUAUCAAUUACAUCAAUAUCUACAUGAUCUGUACAAGGAAUGCUUAGAAUCAGGGUUCGCACGAGGUGCUUAAAGUACUUGAAUUUGGCACUCUGAAAUUCAAGUACUGGAAUACAUUCAAAAUCAGACAUUUUCUUAAGUUGGUACUUGAAAAGUACUUGAAUUAAAAUGAGAGGAGAACAGAUAAUGAUCAAAUGUUAAUAUGAAAAAUAUUAGAAAAAUGUAUUGGUCUUGCAAAUUAAUUUCCAGGCAGACUACCGAGUUUUGUUUCCUCACAUGUUUCGCGCUGUGGUUGCCAGGCGAGUUCGCUCAUUCCACCUACGCUGCUACUCAGUCAGGCAGGUACAGAACUGACUGAUUAGGCGCCGCCAAACGUCACAUCAAUAGCUAAAAUGCCGGUAAAAUGUAGAUUCAAUCCUGCCUUUUGUGCAUAUGGAACAUUUCUGGGAUAUUUUAUUUCAGCUCAUGAAACAUGGGACCAACACUUUACAUAUUGCGUUUGAUAGUUUUGUUCAGUAUAGUUUACCCACCUUUUACCACUACAUCACUGGACCCAACCAACACACACAGUGUAAGGUGCAAAAAAUACAUCAGACUUUGACAUGGUGAGCAUGGGUGAAUCGGCCCAGAAGAGUCACAUGAACGGGAAAAGACACAACGCUGCAUCCUGCGCUGGCGCCAGUUCAACAUAAAAAAAGGUUUUCUCUGCAUCAACCUCCAGAGUUUUUUUGCUAAUCGCCUCAUUCACGGGGCGCCCGCGAUAUUACGCUUUAUCAAGCGGCAGCCGUGCUCCUGCCGUUCUGGUGGCCGUUCACAUGCUGUUUUUCUCACACAGCCCACACGCCCUUCUCCCGACCGGCAACACUAAAGCUGCCAGUUGGAAACAAGACACUUUUUCGUAGCUAUUAAGUAGUAGAUUCCCAAAUGCCCAAUAAAAGCACAGGCAUUAAGCUGGAAUUGUGUAGUAACGUGACUAGGACAUGUGUUCACCACUCUGCUCAUCACUACUCUGCUCAUCACCACUCUGCUCAUCACUACUCUGCUCAUCACUACUCAAAUUACAAAAUCAUCAGUACUGACUUACCACUCAUGUAUGUAGUGAAACGUAGAACUUGUAAGGUAGUGAUGAAUACUAAGUUCUUUUUUUUUUUCCUCAAUGAGGCUGUAGCGAUAUACUGCCACCAGGUGGCGACUAGAAACAAUUACAUAAUAUGAACUAUUACAAUUUGAUGGUCCUUGAAAAUAAAUAUGAAUGCUUGAAAAAGUACUUGAAAGUCCUUGAAUUUGAAUUGCCACUGUCUGUAGGAUGUUCGGGGUGAUCAUGAAACAUGAUAAAGAUAUUGCAUAUGCUUUAUUGUUUUACAGUUUUAACCCCACCUUUCUGUUCCUGUCUUUCUACAGAUAUGUCCAACCAUCCCUAAGAGUCAGUCCAAGCCUGAACCCACACCUCAGAGCAAAGCCAGCAAAGCUCCUCUGUCCAUCUUUGAUGACGAGGAGGAAGAGGUGAGAAGAUGAGCCUGACCUAUAUCAGUCCAUAAAAUAUGAUUAAUUUGCAUCUUCAUAUCUAACCACUUCCUUUCAUCAUGCAGGAUCUGUUUGCGUCUGCAAAGAAGUCUAAACCAAGCCAAGCUGAAGCCGUCACACCACAUGUCAAAAAACAUCUCUCUAUCGCCCUCUUCAGUGAUGACAAGGUAAUGGGAGGGAACGGAACCUUGCUACAUAAACUUCAGUUCAACUUCAGCCUUUCAGAAAAUAAUGCCUAGCCCCCUCCUGUAGCCACUCCCCCUUUGGUAUUCACAGAUCUGAAAUAACUGGAGAAGUGUGUGGGCAAUUCCACGGUAACGGAGUGAUACUGAGACUCCGUUUUUACCAUUUUAAAAAGGUAUGUUAAUAAAAAAAAAAAAAAAAAAAAAAAAAAAACAAUGAUUGCAAAGUUAAACAAACCAUACAACUCUAGGCACAAGGAAAACACAUUUACUUGAAGAACAGUACAGAUGUAAAAUUUGGUAACAGAAUGAGGGCACCAACAGCACAAACCGUCAUUCUGUUACCAAACUUUGCAUCUGCACUGUUCUUCAAGUAAAUGUGUUUUUGUAACAAUUUCUGUGGAAAUUGUUAAACGUUGUCCUUGUGCAUAGGGUUGUAUGGUUUGUUUAACUUUUUAAUCAUUGGUUUUUGUUUGACAUACAUUUUAAAGUGAAAGAUCUGAGUCUCUGCAUCAGUCUGUAACCGUGGAAUUGCCCAUAGCCAAUAUGGUUAUGGCAACUCCAUCCAAUGGGCUUAGGACAGCUUCAGAUAUGAAUUAGCUUACAACCAUCCUAUUCCUACAAAUCUGCAAACACCAGAAGGGUAUGGGGCAAGGGCCAGAUUUUGAACCGGGCUUGAUAGUGAAGGUUGUCUCUAAUACUUCAACAGAUGCUAUCUAUUUAACCCUUUGUAUUCUGUCUGUAUCAGGACCAGUGGAUGAACUCCAAGCCGAGUGCUGGUAAGACAGAGGGUAAGACUGGAGGGAUGAAGUCCAGUGAUAGCGCCCCAUCUAGUCUACCCAGUGUCAUAGCAGCUCCUAAAGACAGCCUGUUCGAUGAGGAUGAUGACGAUCUCUUUGCUACUACCAAGGAGUCGAGGUAAACUUCAUAUCCAUAGUAGACAACAAUGGAGACAUUAUGGUAAAAUGUUUGACUAGUGCCCCCCCAAAAAUACAAAAACAUGGUUGACUCAACCUAUAGUUAGGGUCUUAGUGUCGUUUUGAUGGGUGUAAAUGGCUGUGUUGAUGCAGUCAGAAGAAGCCACAGAGAGUGUCUCUCCUGUUUGAAGAUGAGACUGAGGAUGAUGAAGAUACGCGAUGCCUCUUCGGCUUCAAACCAGCCGUCAACAACAGCUCUACUCUAGCUGACCCUAAAGUAAGCCUGGGUUACAGAUUCUGGCUGUGUCACAAAUGGCACCCUAUUCCCUAUAUAGUGCACUAUAUAGGGAAUAUGGUGCAAAUUUGGGAAGCAGCCACUGUCAUGAAUGAAUAAUCUAUAGGUGAAAAGCCUUUGAGGGAACAAUGGAAUUCAGUGAUAUGUAGGCUCUUAUCUAUUAUUUUAAAACAAUGAAAAUAUUGAAUUAAAAUGUGUUUUUAUUCAUGAUAGUUUUCUUGAGAAAGUACAGUUUUUAUGUACUCUUCAUGGAAUAUAUGUGUGGUAACAUCCCUGCAGUGAUAUGUACAGUGCCUUGCAAAAGUAUUCAUCCCCCUUGGUGUUUUUUCCUAUUUUGUUACAUUACAACCUGUAAUUUAAAUUGAUUUUUAUUUGGAUUUCAUGCAAUGGACAUACACAAAAUAGUCAAAAUUGGUGAAGUGAAAUGAAAAAAAAUAACUUGUUUCAAAGAAGCCCCUAAAUAAGAUCUGGUGCAACCAAUUACUUUCAGAAGUCACAUAAUUAGUUAAAUAAAGUCCACCUGUGUGCAAUGUAGGUGUCUCAUGAUCUGUCACAUGAUCUCAGUAUAUAUACACCUGUUCUGAAAGGCCCCAGAGUCUGCAACACCACUAAGCAAGCGGCACCAUGAAGACCAAGGAGCUCUCCAAACAGGUCAGGGACAAAGUUGUGGAGAAGUACAGAUCAGGGUUGGGUUAUAAAAAAAUAUCAGAAACUUUGAACAUCCCACGGAGCACCAUUUAAAAUCCAUUAUAAAAAAAAAUGAAAAGAAUAUGGCACCACAACAAACCUGCCAAGAGAGGGCCGCCCACCAAAACUCACAGACCAGGCAAGGAGGGCAUUAAUCAGAGGCAACAGAGACCAAAGAUAACCCUGAAAGAGCUGCAAAGCUCCACAGCGGAGAUUGGAGUAUCUGUCCAUAGGACCACUUUAAGCCGUACACUCCACAGAGCUGGAUUAAAAUGUAGCUUUUUGGCCAUCAAGGAAAACGCUAUGUCUGGCGCAAACCCAACACCUCUCAUCACCCCGAGAACACCAUCCCCACAGUGAAGCAUGGUAGUGGCAGCACCAUGCUGUGGGGAUGUUUUUCUGCAGGGACUGGGAAACUGGUCAGAAUUGAAGGAAUGAUGGAUGGCGCUAAAUACAGGAAAAUUCUUGAGGGGAAACCUGUUUCAGUCGUCCAGAGAUUUGAGACUGGGACGGAGAUUCACCUUCCAGCAGGACAAUGGCCCUAAGCAUAAUGCUAAAGCAACACUCGAGUGGUUUAAGGGAAACUGUCUUGGAAUGGCCUAGUCAUAGCACAGACCUCAAUCCAAUUGAGAAUCUGUGGUAUGACUUAAAGAUUGCUGUACACCAGCGGAACCCAUCCAACUUGAAGGAGCUGGAGCGGUUUUGCCUUGAAGAAUGGGCAAAAAUCCCAGUGGUUAGAUGUGCCAAGCUUAUAGAGACAUGCCCCAAGAGACUUGCAGCUGUAAUUGCUGCAAAAGGUGGCUCUACAAAGUAUUGACUUUGGGGGGGGGGUGAAUAGUUAUGCACGCUUAAGUUUUCUGUUUUUUUUGUCUUAUUUGUUUCACAAGAAAAAAUAUUUUGCAUCUUCAAGGUGGUAGGCAUGUUGUGUAAAUCAAAUGAUACAAACCCCCCAAAAAUCCAUUUUAAUUCCAGGUUGUAAGGCAACAAAAUUGGAAAAAUGCGAAGGGGGGGUGAAUUCUUUUGCAAGACACUGUAUGUAUGGUUGAAUUUUAAAAAACUAGUCAUUUACCCCGUAGCUCAUGCCCUUGUCCUGUUCCCCAGACUCCUGCUGUGGCCUCCCCAGCCCCCUCGCUGUUCCACACAGACAAACCUGAGGAGGUGACGGCACCUCCUUCUCCCCAGUGGAUAAGAGGCGUGCAGAGAAGGAGAGGGUAGCGAAGGAGGGUCCUGAGGUACAGCACCUGUCCUCUCCACUAGAGGGCAGUGAGAGUAAGAAGAAGCCAUUAGGGGCCGUCAGUCUGUUUGGAGGGAUCAACGUGCUGGGAGCAGCCAAGGUGAGACGCUACAGAAGGCUCAGGGUAGAAGUUCUCUCUAAGCUCAUCUAGGAUCAGCUGAACUGAAAUUUUGCCAUAACCUAGUUUUGGUCAUUUGGGUCGUUAAUCAAAUAAUCUUUCCUUGAUACCUCACAUCCUCUCUCCUCAAAACGCAUUGGAGAAGAAAGCCUGAGGGGAGGGACCUUGGACCUUCUCUUCCAAUAUGGUUGAGGAGGCGGCAAGGAGAGAGGAAAGGUGAAUUGAGAUGGAGCCCUGCUCCUAAGUGUGAGGUGCUGUACUCACUCACUCUCUAUCUUCCUGUCCCUUAACAAGCAGACUAAGAGCCCAUUGGACGAGACGGAUGGUGAUGACUUCAUGUCUAAGGAGGGCUCGCCCCCCAUGGAGAAGGAGGCCAAAACGAAGAACACUGUCAGUCUGUUUGAUGACGAGGAGGGUGCUGACUGGACUGCCCCUGUCUCCAUACCUAGCAAACCAACUGCCAAAAACACACUCAAGGUUUGUCUGGGUUCGUUUAUUCAUACUACUGACAAUUCCUGUGUGUGUGUGUGUGUGAGUCUGUCUGUCUGAGUAUGUGUGUAAAUCCUGUGUCUGUGCGUUAGCCUGCAGAGGAGCGUCCUCGUACCAAGAGCAGCACCUGGGUGUUCCAGGAUGAGGAACUGCUGUUCAGUCACACUCAGCAGAGAGACAACGACCCCGACGUUGACAUCUUCGCCACGCCUGACAAGUCUGUGGUGAGUUCUAGGGACAGUAGACUCAGUGAGAGGGGAAAGGUGUUAGUGUUGGGCUAGAGCAAAAGCCUGCACUCACCAGGACCAGGGUGGAUGUCUUGUAUUGCAUCAGCACAUUGAGGUGUACUAGUUGCUAUUCCUUUUAGUGAUAAAUUAAUUGUACUAAUGAUAUUGGUGGUGAUAAAGUGCUGUGUUCCUGUCUCAGAGGUCCAGGCCCAGUAAUGAUAAUUGCUCAGUGAAGUCCGGGCCCAGCUCAAUGAGGUCGGCAGCCCCAACACUUUUUAGUGAUGAAGAUGGAGAUUCCCUCUUCAGCUCUGUCAAGCCCAAAGCUCUUCGGCCGGUUCCCUAUUCUAAAUCCCCUCAAUCAAUGAAAACAAUAGGAAUACAACUUGAUUAAUUUACUGAUGACUGCACAUCCUCAGUCCUUGUCUUUUAUUUGACCUCAGAAAGUAUCGGAGAAGCCCAGUAAACACAGUAAAGACGAGCCAUCCCCAAAACCUUCUGUGACCGCACCAGUCCCAGGGAGUGAGGUAAGGCUGAUGAAACAAAGAGUCUUAGGCAGGCAGCCCAAUUCUGAAUAUUUUUUUUUACACUAAUUGGUCUUUUGACCAAUCGCAUCAGAUCUUUUCACAUCAGAUUUUUUUCAGAGCUGAUCUGAUUGGUCAAAAGACUAAUUAGUGAAAAAAAUAUCAGAAUUGGGCUGCCUGUGUAAAUGCAGCCUUAGUGCUCUGCAGUCUAUGUGAUUGCCCAUGUGUUUAUGAUUGAAGGGUUUCAGAAUUUGAAGGAUAUCUAUAGACAGUAAUGCUCUCUCCUCUCAGUUGAGACUUAUUAUACUGUGAUAUAUUUCAAAGGAGUGUUAUCCAGGCUGUUACAUUGCUUUUGGAGAUACUCCUGUCUGUGUCUAGAUUACUUAAAGGUCCAGUGCAGUCAAAAACUGGAUUUUCCUAUGUUUUAGAUAUAUUUCCACACUGAGGUUGGAAUAAUAUUGUGAAAAUUAUGAUAAUGUCCUUUUAGUGUAAGAGCUGUUUGAAAAGACCACCUGAAACUUCAGCCUGUUUUGGUGGGAUGGAGUUUUAGGCUGCCUGGUUCCAAACCUCUCUGCCAAUAACAGCUAGUUUUCCCGUCCACACUCAGACCACUCCCAGACAGUCCUAGCAAAAUUAUUGGUUGAAAAAUUGCUCUUAGUUUUGUUUCUUAUUUUCAAUUAAAACGGUCAAAAAUCACAGUAAGUUACUUAAUUGUUACCAAUAAAUUAUUUGAUAUUCAGAUAAAAACAGCUGCAUUGGACCUUUAACCUGAUCUAUGUUGUUCAAUUGCACAGAAGCCGUCACCAAGCCCUGUAAAAUCUAAAGAGCCUUCGUCAUGGAUUGGAAAACUCCAAGUAAACAUAUAUAUAUAUAUAUUUUUUUUUUAAUCAGUCAACGUUUUACUCUAUCUUUACUCUUUCUGAAUGAGCAUUCAUUCUUCCAACGUGUUUUCUCUGCCAAACAUAUUUGAACCUCUGCCUCUGCCUUUGACAUGAAACAUGUCGUCUUGUCUUUUCCACUGCUGGCAUAAAAGCUAAACUGAGACAGCGUGACUGUCAGAUUGAUUCACAUAAUAUUUUGUUUUUUACCGUCAGUCUGAAAGCGAUUGCUCAGCCUUUCUUCUUCCUGAAACUGCAUGAAUAGAUGUCGUUCCUACGUCUACAUUUUUACUUUCUUUAUUCUUGGGCUCUCUUUCCUCUGUUUGUCUACAGCUUUGUUCUGAUGAUCAUGAGGGACUGCAUUAACCAAAUUACUUGUAAAUCCAAUUAUAUAAUGUGAGGACCAUUCGCAUGUGUCCUCACUGUGCUACAAACCCUCUCUUAUAAAGGACUUUAGUUGGUGAACAAAUGUGUUCCUCCUCCCCACUUUCAGACCAACCUGGUGAUCAACCCUGCUGCCAACCUGCCCGGCGCGGUCCUACCAGGGAUGAGCCCGAGCCCCAGCCCCAGCCUCACCUCCUCAGGCCUCAGCCCCAACCUCACCCCCAGUCUGCCAGGGACCCAGUCCCCUAGCGACGGAGGGGUUAGCUUCGACCACCCAGUCCAGGUGUCCGUGCUACAGAGUGCCAACAAGGUGGGUCAGAGGUCAGGCACUGGGGUGUGGUGGGCAUAAUGGAACACGGUGGGAGAAACAAAGAACGCCUACUUUUGAUCCUCCAAUGAUAGAAAUGUAUAAAGCUCUAACCUUGUAUCUUGUACCUUCCUGAAUAAGCCCCUGUUAUGACUCUGUGUGUCUUCUCUUCCUGUAGGGCCGAGCUAAAGGCUCCAGCCACCGCAGGCCCCAGACCAGGGCAGCACGGCAGACGGCAGCUCAGAGCUCUGUGGACCAGAGAGACCAGAACCAGGGAGAGGACCGGGCCGGACCCAGCCCAACCCUACCUAACCCAACCCAGCCUAGCCUGGCACUAUCUAACCUAACCCUGCCCAGGCCUAGUCUACCCAACCAAGCCCCAACCACUGCCUUACCCUCCUCCUUACCUGCCUCCCAACCCACGCUCACCGAUGUCUCUGUCAGACCGUCAGUGCUAACACUAGCAGUGUCCAACACCCCUCUAAAGAGAGAGACUUCUAAGGGUAGCAAGGUGAAGGUGCUGCCUUCUCCCGACGAGGCUGACCUGUUUGGCUCUGACAGCCUCUUCGGGUCUGUCCCUGCCCUAGCCCCAGCCCCCAAUAAUACCACCCACUCACCCAAACUCACCACAAAGACUACAGAGGGCGAGUUGACUCCGAAGAAGGAGAAAGAAGCGACCCCUCCGUCCCUCUUUGACGACCCCAUGGGUGACCUUUUCCAGAAGGUGAAAACGAGGUCAGCUAAGAAGGCAAAGGCCUCUUCCUUCCUGGAGGAUGAAGAGGAUAUAUUUGUGCUGGGAAAGAGCUGCACUCCCACUACUAACAUUACUGCUGGGGGGAAAGUCACUAAGGCAGGGGGCAACUCUACUCCCAAACAGGACCUCUUCCAGGUAUUGGUCAUGAUGAUCAAUAUUGUCAGUCAAUUGACCAAUCAGUCAGUUUUAUUUAUUUAUUUAUUUAUUUAUUUAUUUAUUUAUUUAUUGUACAGCCAGGAAUGUACAAUAUCUUACAAUCAUUGAAAUGUUAGUUUAUUUUUCAUCGUACUAGUUGGGGGGGGAAAUAUCGAUAGUUACAUAUCGCAAUAUUAUUUUGGACAAUAUUAUAUAGAUACUUUGACUGAGUAUUUUUAUUUUGCUAGGUAGCAGUCGGUGGUACCUGUGCCAAAACUCCGGUAUUUUUCAUCCUAUAGCUAGUUCUCCAACUUCUUUUUAAAUAGUGAGACAACAUGUUUUUAUUUUCCUGAUCAAAACUAAUUUUGUAACAUUAGGAACACCUUCCUGUUAGAGUUGCACCCCCCCCCCCCUCCCCCCUUUUGCCCUCAGAACAUCCUCAAUUUGUCAGGGCAUGGACUCUACAAGGUGUCGAAAGCACAGGGAUGCUGGCCCAUGUUUCCCACAGUUGUGUCAAGUUGGCUGGAUGUCCUUUGGAUGGUGGACCAUUCUUGAUACACACGGGAAACUGUUGAGUGUUUUUUUUUUAAACGGCAGCGUUGCAGUUCUUGACACAAACUGGUGCACCUGGCACCUACUACCAUACCCCGUUCAAAGGCACUUACUUUUUUGUCUUGCCCAUUCACACUCUGAAUGGCAUACAUACACAAUCCAUGUAUCAAUUGUCUCAAGGCUGAAAAAUCCUUCUUUAACCUGUCUCCUCCCCUUCAUCUACACUGAUUUGAAGUGGAUUUAACAAGUGACAUCAAUAAGGGAUCAUAGCUUUCACCUGGAUUCACCUGGUCUAUGUCAUGGAAAGAGCAGGUGUUCUUAAUGUUUUAUAUACUCUGUGAACAAUAUGUUACGAACAUCAUUGCAAUAAAAUCGCAAUAUCGAAUCGCAAUACAAAUGGAAUCUUGAGAAUCGCAAUAUCGGCACCUAAGUAGCAUGAUAAUAUCAUAUCUUGAGGUCCCUGGUAAUUCUCAGCCCUACAGUACAUUAUAGUAGUCUAAAUGCAUUUGGUCUGGCUCAGCGCAUGCUGACUCAGCCUAUCUGCUUAUCCAAGAGUCACGAUCUCUGCAACAGGAGGUGGAGGGAAAUCCAUAUAUUCCUUGGAAAGUGUGUGUGUGUCUGCUUCUUGUCUGAAUAUGUCUGUUUCUGUUGUCCCAGGAUGAAGCGGAGACUCCACCCAAAGCCUACAAAGAGAAAUCCCUGGAUGCCAGCCUGUUUGACGACAACGUUGACAUUUUUGCUGAUUUGACAGCCACUUCAAAACUGAAAGAGAAGAAGUCCAAGAAGGCGGAGACUAAAUCAAUAUUUCAUGAUGAUAUGGGUGGGUGUUUACAGAGCAUAUAUUUCGGAAUAUCUAGGUUUUGCAUUGUUUGUUGUUCCUCAAUAACUGUUUCAACAUGCACCACAGACAAAUAUAGGUAUGCGUGCACACACACAUACACAGUCUUACAAUGCCAUUGCCACCAGUUUGAACUGAAACAUCUACUGGACAUGCUUUCUCUCCACAGAUGAUGUCUUCUCUCCCAGCACUGUGAAGCCAAUGGCCAAGCAGCCUCCAUCCAAGUCCAAGAAGAGCCCUCCCUCCCAGGACACCAGUGCAGCGGACGACUCGGGCAACAUCUUCGACGACCCUCUCAAUGCUCUGGGCGGGAACUGAACCGUGGACCGUUCCUGAGGAGCUAAAAGUUUGAGUCCCAAAUGACACCCUAUUCCCUAGAUAGUUCAUUACUUUUGACCAGGGCCCAUAGGGCUUUGCAUCCCAAAUGGCACCCU